AUGAUCAAACUAGAUAAAAUGAUAACUAAACUCCCUAAAGUUAACUCUAAAAAGUUAAAGAAAUUUAAAAGUAAAUUAGAAAGACUUUUUAAAGUAAGAAAAGAACUUCUUAAUGAUUUUCAAGAGUGUUUAAAGAAACACAUUGAAGAUUAUAAUAAAUUGUGUGAGAUUGCUGAUAGAAAAAUACUUCCUAAACAAUUAAAAAAUAUUGGUGAGUCAAGGUUAGUUAUUAGAAUAAAAGAGAAACAAGAAGUAUCUUCUGAUACUUUCUGUACUUGUAAUGAUAUUGCUUAUGGUCAAAUGAUUUGUUGUGAUAAUAUUCAUUGUGAUAUUAGUUGGUAUCAUUUUAAGUGUGUUGGGUUACAUUCAAUUCCAAAUGAAGGGUGGAUAUGUCAUAACUGUAAGAAAAAUUAUUAA